ACUGCGUCCUGUAACCCAAAUAAUAAUGUAGAAUAAUACGAUAUAAACAUAGUGGUUGUGCAGUAGACAGGACAAAUACCCUGUACAAACAAACAGUAGUGCAGGUUAAAUUCCAUGCUUUUAUUCUGAAGACAAAUAUCAAACAGGAAGGGGAAUGUCUCGUGUCCACGCUCGUGUCCGUUGUGCAGACGGAUGUUGUUAAGGGUUUGUAGCUAUAUAACGUGAACCUCACUACUUGGACAAUUUCUUAAUUCUGCUGCAAGAAAACUGUCGACAUGGCUUCAACGGUACCCAUUAAGAUUGGAAUAAUUGGUGGUUCAGGCCUUGAUGAUCCGGAUAUCUUGGAGGGGAGGACUGAACGUUAUGUGGACACCCCAUAUGGAAAGCCGUCAGACGCUCUGAUUCUGGGGAAGAUCAAAAAUGUGGAAUGCGUGCUCCUUGCAAGGCAUGGGAGACAACACACUAUAAUGCCGUCUAAUGUGAACUACCAGGCCAACAUCUGGGCAUUGAAAGAAGAAGGCUGUACACAUCUGUUGGUGACAACAGCUUGUGGCUCACUGCGGGAGGAGAUUCAGCCAGGAGACAUUGUCAUUAUAGAUCAGUUCAUUGAUAGAACUUCCAAGAGAGCUCAGACGCUCUAUGACGGACAGGCCACCAGUCCUACCGGAGUGUGUCACAUCCCCAUGGCUGAGCCUUUCUGCAACAGAACCAGAGAAGUUUUGGUGGAGGUGGCGCGGAGCCUUGGGGUAAAGUGCCAUGUACGAGGGACCAUGCUGUCCAUCGAGGGGCCUCGCUUCUCCUCGAGGGCCGAGAGCCUGAUGUUCCGCCAGUGGGGUGCUGACGUCAUCAACAUGACAACUGUGCCAGAGGUGGUCCUCGCCAAGGAGGCUGGCCUGUGCUAUGCCAGCAUCGCCAUGGCAACAGACUACGACUGUUGGAAGGAACAUGAGGAGGCGGUCUGUGUUGACAACGUACUCAAGACAAUGAAGGAAAACGCCAACAAAGCCAGCAGUAUCCUGCUCACCGCAAUACCCCAGAUUAGUCAGAUGGACUGGGCUCAGACAAUGAAGACCUUGAAAUCAAUGGCACAAUCUUCAGUAAUGUUACCAAAACACUAAGUGCGCAGAAAACUUUGAAGUAGACCCAAGACACCUCCGGCACCGACACGGACUGCAGACUCAACUUUGACUCAUCACUGAACUACAAGAAAAGUGCCUCACAUAAGUAAUGCAUGGACUCUGUCAUCAGCCUGUGUUUAAAUAAGUGUUAUUUUUAAAAAACAAAACUACACAUUACCACCUUUCUUCAUACUAAUUCAUAGGUCUGUUUUUUUCUCUUGAACAAUAACCAGUAUUGUCACUCCUGCGGGGGUUUUCAAUCACUUCAUUUCACAAAGUCAACUAAGAUUUUUAGCCUUACAUUACAGUAUUGUUUGGGGAAAUAUACAUUUGUGGUUCUUUACAUUUCUAUAUUUGUGCUGUUUCAAAUGUACAAAUUUGUUGCCGCUGAACAAUCGGUGUCUUUAUAGCUGUUUACAACACAAGUACAAUAAAGGCUUUGCUAGUGUAGCACAUGAAAACUUAAUGUCAUAGUCACAUCUGAUCGUUUACUCACUAUUCCACAUUCCAUCUAUUUUACUGUGCUAUUUAACCUAUGUAUUGGUUUAAACAAGUCAUUUAAAGGCAGGGUGUGUCAUUAUCUCCAGAUACACGUUUUGGUUGAAAUUGUCAGUAGGUCAUGACAGAAAUUAAUAAUUCAUGUGCUCAUAAAAAAGAAUGAAGAAAAUCAGUCAUCUGUAGCAACUGUAAGCCUGUAAAAACUUUGAACAAUGUCUGCCACGAGGUACCAAACUGAUGAACCAAUCCCGCCUCCCUGUCUCCCUGCUCCCUUUGCGUGCACUGGCCCACAAAGCGUGUCACCGGUGACAGAGUUUAUACUGUGAGUUUAUACUAUGAAUUUACUCACCGCUUUAUGAGACAUGAGAUGAUGUAGUUUCUAAUCAAUGCAAGCGGUGAGCUGAGGUCCACUUCUGGAGAAACGGCGCUCAUGCAUUUAAGUGAGGGGUGUGUUUUUUUUGUGGGAGCAGAGAGGGGAGUGGGUGUAGAAGGACUUUCGAAAUCAUGCUGGUUUUUUCGAAAAUGACCAACCCUGACAUCCACGUUUGGUAAGGCCAGUUGGAACUCUUCUCAUUCAGUAAAGAUUUGACAUUACUGAUAAACUAUUUAACAUUUUUAAACCUGAAAACAAAGAAACAAUGAUUUUAAUUACUCUCCACGACAGUUAAAUGUGUUUAAAGGAAGUACUCUGACCUUUUAUUUAUCUUCUGUUUUCCAGAUGUUAUUAUGUCAGCUUAUUAAUAGUACUGAUUGCUGUUUAAAUAAAACACAUGUUCUGAUCAUACUUGUUUAUUUUUUGAACCACUCAGGUAAAUAGACUUUUUUUUUUUUACAAAGCUACAAAAUGACGAGUUUGUAGCCGUGACGGUCGGGUGCCCUCUCAGACCGCACAACUGGACGUCAUCACCCUGCUCAGUAUCUGAUGAAAUGUGUUGUUAGUUCUGCUUUGUUCCCCUGUCUCAACUUCAAUACACCAUGAAGGUUAAAUAUCAGAAUAAAAAGGAUGAAGAAAAAACAU